UUAACCAUUCACGAUUCUCCAUCUCUUCAACUUCUCCAUUAUAUAUAAACACCCUCAGUCACGACAAAAACACAAACUCUCUUUUAUGUCUCGUUCAACUCUUGGUGUCUCAAUGGCUUGCUCCAAAAGAGUUCUGGUUUUCGCUCUUUUGAGCAUGGUGUUUACGCUGGCUCUGGCCAUGGACAUGUCCAUCAUUGACUACGAUCGCACGCAUGGCCAGCCAGUCAACAGGUCGGAAGUCGAGAUAAGGAUGAUAUAUGAUAGGUGGAUGAUAAAACAUGGGAAGAGCUACAAUGCGUUGGGUGAGAAGGACAGGCGUUUCGAGAUCUUUAAGGAUAAUUUAAGGUUUGUUGAUGAACAUAACGCGGUUGAGAAGACGUACAAAGUGGGGUUGAAUAAGUUUGCAGAUUUGAGUAAUGAAGAAUUUAAGGCGAUGUAUUUGGGUGCCAAGAAAGACCUUAGGGUUGAGAGGAAGGCGAAGAGUGAUAGGUACUUGCAUAAGGUAGAAGAUGAGUUGCCGGAGUCAAUGGAUUGGAGAGGGAAAGGUGCUGUCGCUCCUGUCAAGGAUCAAGGCCAAUGUGGGAGUUGCUGGGCCUUCUCGACCGUAGGUGCAGUAGAAGGAAUCAGCCAGAUUGUAACAGGAGAUUUGAUCUCUUUGUCAGAGCAGGAGCUAGUGGAUUGUGACCGAUCAUAUAACGAGGGUUGCAAUGGAGGUCUCAUGGACUACGCUUUUGAAUUCAUUAUCAAUAACGGUGGUAUUGACACAGAGCAGGAUUACCCUUACAAGGCUACCGAAACAAUGUGUGAUCCAAACAGGAAAAAUGCUCAUGUUGUUACCAUUGAUGGAUACGAAGAUGUUCUAACAAAUGAUGAGAAAUCAUUGAAGAAGGCUGUGGCACAUCAACCUGUCAGUGUCGCCAUUGAAGCUGGUGGCAGGGCUUUCCAACUCUACCAAUCGGGUGUAUUCUCUGGACGCUGUGGAACACAAUUGGAUCAUGGCGUCGUUGCUGUUGGAUAUGGCACAGAAAAUGGUGUGGACUACUGGCUUGUCAGGAAUUCAUGGGGUUCAAGCUGGGGAGAGAAUGGUUACAUCAAGAUGGAGCGCAAUGUUAACACUCCAACCGGCAAGUGUGGCAUAGCUAUGCAGGCUUCAUAUCCCACAAAGAAAGGCCAGAAUCCCCCAAAUCCUGGCCCCUCUCCUCCAUCUCCUGUAAAUCCCCCCAGCCCCACUCAUGUUUGUGAUGAUUACUACUCGUGCCCCGACGGAAGCACUUGCUGCUGCCUGUAUCAGUAUGGCGACUUCUGCUUCGGCUGGGGAUGCUGCCCUUAUGAAUCUGCAACCUGCUGCGAUGAUCAUAUCAGCUGCUGCCCCCAUGACUACCCCGUGUGUGACACCACUGCUGGAACUUGCCUAAUGAGCGCCAACAAUCCGUUGGCAGUAAAAGCUUCAAAUCAAAUUGCUGCUACAAGUAUUAGAGCUCAUCCAAUGGCUGGCAAGAGGAAUAAUAAUAAUCAUUGAGAAGCCUGGAAGUCAUUUUGGGUCUGAAGGAAAACUAAAGAAUGGUUCAGACCUUUGCUAGGAGCAAAUUUUUAAUAUGAUGAUAUGAUUAUUGUAUAUAGUUAAAUAUAUAUUAUCAAACAGCAACAACUCUCAAAUAGGAAGCAGCUUUGAACAACUUUCUAUUGGCUCAGUUGUGUAUAAUACAUUAUUUCAAUUAUUAAUCUAAUAAACUGUCAGCAUUUGAUUUCAAGUUUAAUGUUUUUUUUUCU